AGUAUGUCAUGUCUUCGGCUCUCCAACUAUUUAAAUUCUGAUUAAUCAAUACAAUUUGUUUUUAUUUUUAUAUGCGAUUACUAUUUUAAAUUGAUGAUUCAAUUGGUCUCGUUAUUAUUAAAAUCCCAUUUAAAUAUGGUAGCGUCAUAGUCUUUACUAAAUGAUACGAUUACUCACAAUGCUUAAUCGAUCUCUAUGCCCUCCUGAUUUUGUACGGUUUGCUUUUGUUGUUUUCAUUUUUUACGAUUUCCAAUAUACUUCGUUGUAAAAGUUAUGAAAAAUAUGUAUGCGUUUUUGUUAGCAAACUUACUCUAAUACUUUGAAUAGAAAAAUGAAGACUUCUCAAUUAUCUUUUCUUUGCUCGAAUCUCAUUUAAGUUUUUUUUUAGUGUAUUAGUCUAUUGCUGGCUGUUUUAGUUCAGUUCUUUAGUUUCAUUUAUGAUAAUUCCGGGUUAGAUUUUUCAUUUACAUACAUAAACAUGUUUAAUUAAAAAAUAACAAUAGAAUUCCUUAUUUCAUUUGAUCUUACCGUAUUAAAAUUAAACUUGAUUAGCAGGGGAGUUUAUUACAGUCAAUAAAAGAAGAGAUGGUGUCAAGUAUUAUGACCAAAACCGAAGCGUCGGAUUCAAAUAGCUCCAACUCAUCACAAAAAAGGCCCAACACUGUGAAUAAGCCCAGCAAGCAAAUGGGUGGUUCAUCAAGAUUUAAAGGUGUUGUUUAUCAACAAAAUGGCCAUUGGGGAGCACAAAUAUAUGCCAACCACCACAGAAUUUGGCUAGGCACCUUCAAAACUGAGGCGGCUGCCGCGGCGGCUUAUGAUAGCGCCGCCAUCAAGCUCCGACACGGGAACUCCAGUGACGCCCAUCGGAACUUCCCAUUGACAACUCUUACCAUACAUGAGCCCAAUUUUCAAGCCUACUAUAAUACUGACCAAGUGUUAAACAUGAUCAAAGAUGGGUCAUACCAAAUUAAGUUUGGAGAAUAUUUAUCUUCCAUUUCCCAAGUGAGUAAUGCCCAAACAAACAAUUGUUAUAUCAACCAAAACAAGCAAGAAGGGCAGUAUUGUCAAGAACUUUUUAGAAAAGAAUUGACCCCAAGUGAUGUAGGAAAGCUUAACAGGCUAGUGAUUCCAAAGAGGUACGCUUUGAAGUAUUUCCCUGUUAGAGAUGAUAAUGGUAGGAAAUUCGGUGUAUGCGAAGGGGAAGAAGGCGGCGAUCAAGCUGGAGAUAUGGAGUUAAAAUUCUAUGACAAAAAGAUGAAGAGUUGGAAAUUCAGGUAUUGUUAUUGGAAGAGUAGCCAAAGUUUUGUGUUUACUCGAGGAUGGAACAAAUUUGUAAGGGUGAAGGAAUUAGAGGCGAAAGAUAUAGUGAGUUUCUACAUGUGUCAGUUUAGAGAAAAUGAUGUUGGAGAUGUAAACAAGUUUUGGAUGAUUGAUAUUGUAAAAUGUACAACAACUGAUGAAAAUGUUGAUCCAAAGAAGAAAGGGGAAGCUGUUGAGACUAAGAAGGAAAAGGGGUUUAAGCUAUUUGGUGUUCAAGUUGUUCCGGUUAACUGUCAUGAAGACAUUUAGAUUACCAAUUAUUAUAAAACUUUGCUUCUUUUAUUUCUAGAUUAUUGUAAUAUCUAGUUUGUGUUUUGAUGUAUUGCAUGAUAAUUUUGUUUCAUUU